AUGGUUAAAGAUGUAAUUAAAGAUGAAAUAUUAGAAGAAAGUGAUCCAAUAGAACAUCAACUGAGUCAAGAUUCUACGUUAAUCGAAAAUGAAAACAUUAAAAUUAAACAAGAGUUGGAUACAGAAACAGUAAUUAAAGAUGAAAUACUAGAAGAAAAUGAUCUAGUAGAACAUCAACUAAGUCAAGAUUCUACGCUAAUCGAAAAUGAAAACAUUAAAAUUGAACAAGAGUUGCAUACAGAAGUGAUUAUAAAAAAAGACAAUGUUAGUGAUGAAAAACCUUAUUCUUGUGAUAUUUGUAAAAAACAAUUUCGAGCAAAGUGCAAUUUAUAUGCACAUAAGCAUAAAAUUCAUGCAGAAAAACGUUAUAUAUGUGAUGUUUGUAAUAAAAAAUUUGCUCGGGAACCUACUUUAGACAAACACAAACGAAUUCAUACAGAAAAACCCUUCUCAUGUGAUGUAUGUGAAAAAAAAUUUAACCAGAAUCACUUGCUAACUUAUCAUAAACGAAUUCAUACUGGAGAAAGGUGCUUUUCGUGUGAUCUUUGCAAUGAAUCAUUUGUAUAUCGUCACAGACUGGCUUCCCAUCAACGUAUUCAUACUGAAAAACCUGCGUUUGUGAAAGAAUAUUUGGCCAAAAAAGCAGUUAAGUUAGAAUGA